AUGGUGGCCAACCUGGGGUAUAGCAAUGUUAAAGCGCAGGCCUCAACUACACCUCCCUACAUUUUCGCGACCUGCAUCUGCGUUGCCGUUGGCUAUAUUAGUGAUCGGACACAAAGUAGAUACUUAUGCUUAAUGGGCUCAUACACACUUGGUCUCAUCGGUAUUAUUAUUCUGUGGAUUACUGUCCAUUAUCCCCACCUUUCCGGUGUGAGCUACUUUGCUAUUUUCCUGGCAGCAGCUGGAUAUUCUGCACAAGCCCCUAUUGUCGGGGCAUGGACCAGUUCGAAUAUUUUGAAUCCCUCCAAACGAGCUGCCGCAAUCGGACUCCUGACGCUAUUUGGUAGUGUCGGAGGUGGUAGCAUUGGAUCUAAUAUUUAUAUUUCUAGUGAGGCCCCCACAUACCCUCUCGGAUUUAGCCUCUCAGUCGGAGCGACUGUACUGGGCGCAAUGAUUCCCGCAACGAUUCAUUGGUACCUGAUGCACAAAGAGAAUUCAAGAAGGGAUGAUAUGCAAAUCGAUAGUACUAACGUGGAAGCCCUGUACAGCGCUGAUGAACUCUCGGAGAUGGGGGAGGAAAGCCCAUUAUUCAGAUUCAUUUUGUAG